CAAACCAGUUUCGUCAGACUGCUAAGAACAAUAGCUUUGUUUACCAUCAUCAAAGCCAUGCAACAAUCAACAUAGCGUUGCAGAACAGACAUACUCAAGGGAAUAUACAUAAAAGUAUGGUAUUGCUUCCAAGAAGCUUCUCCUCCUAGACCUCAACACGACAAACCAACUUCAACACCUAACACCAACCCAGCUAACCCAAACAUGUCUAAGCUCAUUGCCCCAAGCGGACGCAAGUGCAAACCCUCCCCGCUUUCAAAAACCGUUCAACUCGCACCCACAGACAGCUGUGACGCUGUGGUAUCUACAAGACUUACUACACGUGCAUCAUCACAUACCACCUCCACACAGAACGAAACACCAACAUCAAUGCGCGAAACCAAUCGAAGGAUCUAUGCAGGCGCACAUACCUCCCGCAUGGUUGAUAGCUGGUGCAUUCCAGAACCACACCACAUGAACUCCCCAAAGAGACAGACUGGAUUGAACUUCAAGCCAUGCCUGGACAUUGAGUCAGGGAAAAUGGAGUGGGAAAGAAUACAGUAUGGACAACGCGAUCUAUAUCACAGGUGUGUUGAUGGUGGGCGUGACAACAUACAUGGGCUGGAUGAUGAUGCUUCGGAUUGUGAUGGGGAAGAAGACUUGGAGAUUUAUGAGCAGGAGGAGUUUGUUUUCAAAGGUAAUCUUUACUGCGACGAGGAAGAAGACUCGGAAGUUUAUGAGGAAGAGGCGUUCGUUUUCAAAGGUAAGCUUUAUCAUAUAGAUGAUGACAAGAUCAGCGACAUCGAAGAGGAACAAUCCGAUGAGCUGGUAAUUCUAUAUGCCCUCGAAGAGGACGUUGAAUGAUAAGUAGUAGUCUGAGAGCAGUAAGGAAAAUUAGAAUAUCCAUGGUAUUGACAGGAAUUUCAAGUCCAUAUUUGAGGGUAGAACAGGAUCUGACUUAUGAAAAUGAAAACUGC